AUGGCGUUAGACCCGGGAGAUACUCUAUCCAGCUGCUCCAGCGUCCCUCCACCCUAUUACGCUAAUCCCGAGCACCCAGAAGACUACAACCGGAUCGCAGAAGACUACAAGCGGAUCGCGGAAGAGAGCACCAAGACGCUCGACGAGCCGUCCCCAGGGAAAGGAAAGGAAGUUCCGUUCAUCGACGACGAUGGUCUCCCCGAGGUCGUUGUCGCUAGCUCAUCGGAGGCCCACGACGAACCCACACAAGAGACGUUCACCCCUCCCGUGGGGUCAAGCCUUGUCGAGACCGUAACGCCUCUGCAUCUGCUUGGCGAUCAAUCGGAUACCGUGGACUGCCCGUUCUGCAGGCGCCGCGUGGAAACCAGGGUGAAGAAGAGCUCCUCUGUCGCGACUCAUGUUGCGGCAACGGCGCUCUUCCUGACUACCGGCGUCGGAGUGGUGGCCCCGUACAUGAGGCGUUGGAAGGGCCAUGUCACCCACUACUGUAUGAAUUGCGACCGGAAAGUGGCGCAUCGACGCUACAAUGAGCAGGGUAUGCAGGCACUCGGAACACCCGACCAUCUGCGAGAGGCAUCGCGGUUCCCUGAAGCAGAGGCACCGAAGCAAGAAAAGCAGAAAAAGCGAUGA